AUGACGGUUACUAAGCUAAAAAGAACCAAGGAGAGAACAGACUGGAAAGGAAUUAAAGUAGAUGAGAAUGACUCGUGGGGAAAGCAGUAUUCAUAUGCACUCUUCAAAGCUAUGAGUCAUAUGCUGUGCAUCGGGUAUGGAGCCCAGGCCCCAGUCAGCAUGUCGGACCUCUGGAUUACCAUGCUAAGCAUGAUCGUUGGGGCCACCUGCUAUGCCAUGUUUGUCGGCCAUGCCACAGCUUUAAUCCAGUCUUUGGAUUCCUCCAGGUGGCAGUAUCAAGAGAAGUAUAAGCAAAUGGAGCAAAACAUGUCAUUCCAUAAGUUACCAGCUGAUAUGCGUCAGAAAAUACACAACUACUAUGAACACAGAUACCAAGGCAAAAUCUUUGAUGAGGAAAACAUUCUCAAUGAACUCAAUGAUCCUCUGAGAGAGGAGAUCGUCAACUUCAACUGUCGGAAGCUAGUGGCUACCAUGCCUCUGUUUGCUAAUGCUGAUCCCAAUUUUGUGACUGCCAUGCGGAGCAAGUUGAGAUUUGAGGUGUUUCAACCUGGAGAUUACAUCAUACAAGAAGGAGCUGUGGGUAAAAAAAUGUAUUUCAUUCAACAUGGCAUUGCUGGUGUCAUCACAAAAUCCAGUAAAGAAAUGAAGCUGACAGAAGGCUCUUACUUUGGAGAGAUUUGCUUGCUGACCAAGGGCCACCGCACUGCCAGUGUUCGAGCUGAUACAUAAUGUCGACUUUAUUCACUUUCUGUGGACAAUUUCAAUGAGGUCCUGGAGGAAUAUCCAAUGAUGAGGCGAGCCUUCGAGACCGUUGCCGUUGACCGACUAGAUCGGAUAGGAAAGAAAAAUUCCAUUCUUCUGCCAAAGUUCCAGAAGGAUCUGAACACUGGCAUCUUCAACAAUCAGGAGAAUGAGAUCCUGAAGCAGAUCGUGAAGCAUGACUGCGAGAUGGUGCAGGCAAUCGCUCCAAUCAGUUAUCCCCAAAUGACAGCCCUGAAUUCCACCUCCUCCACGACUCCGACCUCCCGCAUGAGGACACAGUCUCCGCCGGUGUACACAGCCACCAGUCUGUCCCACGGCAACCUGCAUUCCCCCAGCCCCAGCACACAGACCCCCCAGCCAUCCGCCGUCCUGUCGCCCUGCUCCUACACCACUGCAGUCUGCAGCCCUCCCGUACAGAGCCCGCUGGCCACUCGAACUUUCCACUACGCCUCCCCUACUGCCUCCCAGCUGUCACUCACACAGCAGCAGCUCCAGCAGUCCCCGCAGCCCCCACAGCCGCCCCCGCAGCCACAGACACCCGGCGGCUCCACGCCGAAAAACGACGUGCACAGGAGCACGCAGGCGCUCCACAACACCAGCCUGACCCGAGAAGUCCGGCCCCUGUCGGCCUCGCAGCCCUCGCUGCCCCAUGAGGUUUCCACUCUCAUUUCCAGACCUCAUCCCACUGUGGGCGAGUCCCUGGCCUCCAUCCCUCAGCCCAUGACCGCCGUUCACGGCCCAGGCCUCCAGGCUGGGGGCAGGGGCACCGUCCCCCAGCGAGUCACCCUGUUCCGACAGAUGUCCUCGGGAGCCAUUCCCCCUAACCGCGGAGCCCCUCCCGCACCCCCUCCACCAGCAGCUGCUCCCGAGUCUUCCUCAGUCUUAACUACAGACCCAGAGGCAGAAAAGCCACGAUUUGCUUCAAAUUUAUGAUCCCUGCUGAUUGUCAAAGCAGAAAGAAAUACUCUAAUAAACUGAGCAUCUUCUCAGACCUUAUUUUAUUCUAUCUCCUGAUAGAU